AGAGCUGAUGAUGUUCUGGUGACAAUUCCAAAUGGAAAAAUAAAAGGAAGAAAGGAAUAUUCUCUCAGAGGAAUAUCUUUUUUUGCUUUUCAACAAAUACCGUUUGCCAAACCGCCCGUGGGGAAUUUACGAUUCCAGGAUCCACAACCUGUAGAAAACUGGAAGGGUACUCUGGAUGCGUCAAAAAACAAACAAAUAUUGUGCUUCCAGCAAAGUAAUAUGUAUAAAAUCGUCAAUAUGAGUGCCGUGGAAUAUGAAGACUGUUUAUACCUCAACGUUUACACACCAUUAAACCCAUCUAGUAACGCGAAUCUUCCUGUAUUAUUUUAUAUUUAUGGGGGAGGAUUUGUGAAUGGUGCCAGUGAUUUUGAUUUCUUCGGUCCACAUUACUUGAUGGAAAGUGGAGUCAUCGUCGUUACAGCUAAUUACAGAGUGGGAGCAUUUGGUAAGUUCUAUUCAGUUGUUUGGUAUUAUUAUAUUUCAGGUUUGUUUAGAGCGGCCAUAGCUCAGAGUGGAUCAAUCAUCAGUCCAUGGGCUUACCAAAGAGAUUACAAGCAAAUUGCUUAUGACGUAGCUUCGUCUUUAGAUCGCAAUUUCAACAGGUCCUCUGAUUCGAUGCAACUUCUAACAUUUCUUAGGAGAGCUUCUGCUGCAGAUCUUAAUAAGGCUGCAAAUGACUUCAAGCAAAAUACUGGAAACGAACAAAUCAUACAGGGUUUCCGGUUUACUCCUGUAGUGGAGCCAGACCACGAAAACGCGUUCAUUACUGAAAUGAUGUAUCCGGCAAUUGAAAAAGGUCACAUGAACAGGGUUCCCCUUAUGAUGGGAAUUUGUUCAGAGGAAGCAAUUGCUAGAGCAGCAGUUGCAAAUUUCCAAUCAUCUGUUGUUUCAUACGAAAAUGACCUGUCAAGACUAGUUAACAAAAAUAUGCACCUUGUCGACGCUAAUGAGAAAAAAACUGCUGGAGAAGCUAUAAGAAAGAUUUAUACCAAUGGACUACUGCAGAAUGAUUUGGGAAAGGCUGUAAGGUAUUUCAGUGACAUGUCUUUCAAUCGAGCUGUAAUUCGCCAUGCUGAAAUGCAAUCAAAUUAUAGUGACGUCUACUUUUAUCAAUUUUCUUACCAUGGACCUCUGGGUGGAAAUAGACCAUAUCUUGAAGGUGCCUACAGAGUUGGUCAUGCCGAAGAUAACCACUAUUUGUGGGCAUAUUCGAACCAUACCUUCCUCAACAAAUACUCUGCUGAAGAUAUUACUGCCAGCAAUCGUUUCAGAACACUCUUUACGAAUUUUGCUAAAUAUUUAAACCCCACACCUAAAAGUGAGCCUCUUUUCGAAAACAUCAUUUGGCCAAAGGUGAAGCCACAUGAUUUUCAAUACUUGGAUAUUAACGAAACCUUAACCAUAAUGAGGAAUCCCAAGGGAGACGUGUAUCCAAAAUGGGUGGACCUUUAUGAAAAAAUGGCCGUGAAACCGUUUGACACAUACUAAUAAUAUAUACGAGUAUAUCUUUCAAUUAUUGAAGAGAAAAUGUCAGAUUUUUUCUGGAAAUGUUCACUCUUCUUUACAAAAAGUAUAGAAGGAUUUCGUGUAUAGAAAAAUGUAUGAAAUAUAUUUAGAAUCAACAUAAAAAUCUACGUAUUCAAAAAUUAUGAAGUAAUGUAAGCCUAGCAUUUAUGUUGGAACCGUGAUAAAUGGUAAGAGCGAUAUACUAGCGAAAAAACAUUGUUUCUUAUGUAACUGUUUACAUUGAAGCAAUACUUUAAACGAUAAGUGGUCUAUGAUUAAUGAUUUAAGAGCGACGAUAAUCUAGGUACAAUCCAAUUUUCUCAUCUCUUAUGGAGGAUGGAUAUAAAAGAGUUAAUUGGUGGAAUUAUUGCCAGGCCUUCACUGUUGAAUAAAGUGUGGGGGUGAAAUUGAUAACUAUGCUUAAAUAAAACUGUCGUAUCAAUUGUUUGAAAACAUUCUUGAUAUUUGCUGCCUCAGCUUACAUAGAGGUCAUUUGAUCUAGUGGCACAUUUCUUGGUGGCCCCCUUUUUUUUUAUGUACCUCUUCUGUAUAUCAUUAUAUUUUGCAGCAAGUGAAUAUACCUACUUACAAUUCACCAUUAACUAACAAUAAUCAAUUUCUCAAUGCUACAAUAUAUUGCGAAACAACAUUUAUUUUUUCCAUUACAUCCAUGUAGUGAUGAGAACAGCGUAUGAAAGCAAAGAAUUGGUUUGCUCCAAUCGUUUUGUUCUCAUCGUUGUUCUUGUCGCUUAUCUCUGAUCCAACAUAAACGUACUCUUAUAGCGGGUUUAUGCAACAAUACCCAACAAUAUUUCCUAAGAACUGAACUGCUGAACUGCUGAAAUUCUAUAUGAAAGAAUAAAUGUUCGUCACUUUUCAAUUUAUUUUUCCAAUCAUUAGAUAUGAUAGAUACAAAUUUGAAACUCCGGGAUGAAUACAUCGUUUUUCUUUCAACAUUUUCCACUCAGUCUCAAUCGAGGACAAGUUGCAGUUUACGAACAGAAAAAUAAAUAAUCUGACGAAGA